AUGUAUUUCGCCAACGAGGUAAGGACAAGAAAAACCCUCCUUUUUAAUGAGAGUUCAGUCACAUCUUCGAGUAACGCCGCACGAUCAUUUAUCGUUUUAUAGCUAUAGACAUGUUCACGACUCUAUUUUCUUACUUACUUAGGUGGAUUUUCAUUAUGUAAAAAGUUGAUAAAUUGCUAUCUAAAAAAAUAUUAUAUUUUGACGAGCGGCAGUCUGUGCCGUUGUUUACGGACUUCACGCGUACGUGACUUAUGCUUUCACGGUCAAUUUGCCGAUUUGUGAAAACACUAUGUAAAUUACCGUGUUGAAUUCUGUUGAGUAUAGUUUUGACUACAGCUUUGUAAAGUAGCUGGCGUUUUUUGUCCAAAAGAAACAAGAACUGGAAAAAAUGUGUACAUAGUGAUCGGUAUUUUGAACGCCAAUACUGCUAUCCAUGAUGUUUAGGUCACGCACUUUCAGUUUUGAAAACAGGACAAUAGCGACCAGGAUGAACUAUAAAUUUCAAAGAAAUAACUUGUAAGUUUAUUUUUAUAUUCAGUUUUAAAUCUAAAGCUAAAUUUAAUGAUGUGCAAAUCUCCCACAUGGGAUAUAUGUGUAAUUUGUUGAAAGUAUCGAUCUUGUCAACAUUUGAAGCCAGUUCAUUGUUUUCAUGCAGUGGACAUCGUAUCCCGGAAGCUGGUCAGCUGGCUGGUGGACUAUUGACUAGAGUUGCUGCUAAAUCUGAUACCGUCCAAAGUCGAAGGGAUAACAUAUUUAAAAGUUCCUUGCGUUUCAUUUCCCAUUUACGCUCGCAAAAACCUGGUUUACAGAAAUAAAAUUUUCUGACUCGACCGCACCCAAAUGUCUCUAAAUAAAGUACCUUUAAAAUAAAUAACAACUUUUUGGCAUCAUUUGAUACUAUUACGGUAAUGCAGUGAAGAGGGCGGCCGGUGGAGAGUUGAAAAAGUAAUAUUCAAAACUGGUUGUGGGAUGCGGUGUAGAUGGAAUGUUUAGACUUUCGCAUAUAUCAGUUUCACGGUUUAGAGCGGAAUGUCUGAUCGAUCUGACAUCCUGCCUCGCUUCAUCACGUAGAUACCCACCCGGAAAUAAAUAAUUUUAAAAGGUGCCGCGAAAGCAGCUGUUGCGUUUAUUUUCGUGUAAUUUUAAUUAUAAGAUUAUCUUGCAAGGUUAAUCCAGAGUUACUAUUUUGUGAUACAGGCCCAUGAUCUCGGUCUCUUCUAAACUAAAACAGCCGAAAAACAGCCACAUUGAGUAAAACGACAUUCUGUCCCCACCCCUCCGUACUUGACUUUAAAAAUGCUCCUCGAUCCUCUCACGUGACUUCUGUGAGUGAGUAAACAUGGCGGAAGAGGAGAGUAUUUUUCAUCCAAAACCAGUUAUUUUUAACCUUCAUCAUUUGAGGAAGUGAAAACAAGUUUGGUCGUGCUGGCGGAAUACCGAUAUCUCCUUGUGCAAUGGAGGUCUGUGAGCAUAAUUGCUGCAUUUUUUAGGUUUAAAUUCCACUGCUUGGCGAAAGAAAUCGAUUUGGACUGUUCAUUUUAGUAAUUUCAGCCGUGUCUCGCGAUGGAUCCCCAGGUAAAGUUCUAUUUUACGACUUAAUGACAAUUCAAUCACACCUUUUGUUUGUUUCAUAUCGCACUGUGAAUCAGUUACUUGCUAAAAUACACAAUAAUUACUCUGUAUACAGCCAAUAAAUGUAAGAUCGGACAUGUGAGUACUUAAGCUUAACUGAAGUGACUUAAAUAUGGUAUUUAAGUUACUGUUCGUUUAGCUUCACUUGUACAGGCUGACUGGGCCAGCUUGCGACUUUUUUCAUUUUGAACAUUUAUUUUUGAAUGGCUUAUUUUUACUUUUUGAAAAUUUGACCUUUUUUUUAAGUCUUAUAUUUUGUGCAUUUGAAUAUGUCAUUCAAAACAAUGUCUGCUGGGCAGUACACUGUUUUUUAAGUGGCUGUCCAUUUUAUUUUAAGAAAACUUAAACAUAAACUUAAGUACUAGCUUAGUUGGACUCAAAAGAUUAAAACUUACCAAAACGGCUUUGUAAUAUUGUUCUAAUGAUAAAUAAUAGCAAACGACAGAAAACUUUACUAAGUAAAGUGUCUGCUUAAAUUAUAUUUGCAUGUCUUGUGCUUUCAAAAUAUGGCUUUGAGAAUUUAUUUUGUUCUUUGUAUUAUCUUUAAAAUACCGUAUUCGCUCAAAUAAUAGCCGGGGCGAUUAUUUCUUUUUCGCAUCAAAAGGGGGUGAUUAUUCAAUGGACUCGAUUAUCUCAAAUAUUGCUUACUGAAAGUCAUGCCCUGAAUAUUUUGUUUUAUUAUCCCAUUAACCAAAAAAUUAUCACAUCAAAUAAAACUGAACAUGGGCUUUUUAAGCGUUCCAAAUUUGGUUCCUUGAUUAAUUUUCGGAGCUUGGAUCGUCUUUGAUCGGUUUUGCUGGAUCAGAUUCCACUUCAACUUGACAGGAAGGUGAUAAAAGAAAGAGAAAAUGGCGAGAAGGAUGUUGGGGGUGAUUAAUCGAGAGACAGCUAUUAUUCGAGGAAAUACAAUCAAUCAAUCAAUCAAAACUUUAUUUCACUGUGAAUUUCAAAUAGAUAGCAUCAACUAAUGCUUAUAUCUCCAAAGGUAAAGCAAAAACAAAUAGAAAAUAAAUGACCAAGGUAAUUAGAAUAAAGUAAUACUAUAUAUUAUGUAAAAGUUUAAUAUAAUGUAGAAACAAGAAAAUUAUUUUUUACAUUGUGACUACAGUAACUAGUGAUAAUUAAAACCAAUCACAAAAGGAGCAGCAUUUAUUAUCAAAGCUAAUGCUUUUAAUUUAUUUUUGAAUUGAAAACAUGUAAUGAUUCAGCAGUUGUAAGUACCUCUGGGAGCAUAUUCCAAUAUUUGCUGGCAGAGUAGCGAAAGGAGUGCAAAUCAUAUUUGGUCGAUUGAACUCUGGGAAUACUUAAAGAGUGUUUACCACGCAAAUCGUAAGAAGAAUUUCUUUCUAUCAGUAGCUUGUUAAUGUAACUAGGGGCCAGACCUUGAAAAGACGGUAGUUUAAAGACGGUAGUUGAAACAGCUCACAGAGUCUGAUGUGACUUGUGCCUUUGUAGCGUUAUAUUUUUAACAGUGUGGGGAUUAAUAAAAAGACUAAGAUAUGACCUGAUUUUUGAAAGAGAGAUCUGUUUGUUAGGAACUACAUGUACACUGCAUAAUUUCAUAAUUUGCUACACUUUGGUAAUCAUUCCGAUAAAGCUUUGAUCAAUAUUUGAAACUUCAAUAACUCACCAUAAUUCCACUUAUUAGAAAACUAUUACUCUUCUUCUCACCAAAGUAAGCCAAAAAAAGUAUAUAGAACAUGCAAAACAUGUACCUCUUAAUUAAUUUAUUGUUCACUUCUCUACAAGAUAGUGUGCAAGAGCAUCUAUUUUUUUUUUGGCUCUAGUUUGUAUUUUCAUCCGCCGGAGUGAUCAUGAGAGAAGUGACGACCAGAAAUGCGUCUGCGGUUCGCAGGCUACUCUACAAGGAUAUACAUUAGAAAAUGGGAGACUAUGUGAUUGUGUAUUUCCACCAAAAUGUAGCUUGGCAACUGUAAGAUAAGGCCUGUCUAUGUCAUAUGGUGGUAUGUGCUUGGAAGGAGGGGGUUUCAAACUAUUCCUCAGGCCCAAAUGGGCUCUGAAUCAAUAGCCUGUGAGGCCAAAGGCUGAAUGAGCUAUUGACUCAGAGCCCAUAAGGGCAAGAAAAAGAAUAGAUUGUUUUGGUGAAAUCCAACUAGUUGGUCAAAAAUGUCGAGACAAAAUAACUUUAGCUAGUUAAAGCUAGACUUUAUUCCUCUUUUGCUGCCAAAAAGCUGGUGCUUUUCGUUACUAGUGGGCUAUAACAUAUAGUCUAGUAGUUGCUGAACCAAUCAGAAUACAGCAUUGAUAAUAGACCACCAGCUGUAUUUUACUAGUAGUGGAUACAACAUACCUCCAGCCUGUUUCCUGUUACUGCAAAAAAGUAAUUUUGUAGAUGAUAUUUAACAUGUUUAAAAAUCUUGUUCUAAUUCAUGGUAAAAUAAUUAUGUUUGUGCAUUAACCUACAUUUAGUACUAAAAGAUAAUGCCAGCAGAUUUUUCAGCUUUUUCCAGCUUUUUCCUAGCCUCCCCGCAGACGUCCUUUGGGGUUCGUUUGUCACGCAUUCAUUUCUCCCCCACGGAUGUCUGCUAAACAGAGCCGACUUUUACGUUCUGGAUUGUUUGAAGAAGCCAAUAAGCGGUUAGUUAUUGUGUCACGAUCAGCCAAUCACGCGCCGUGAUAUAAGUGAUGUCUCUGGAUGUCUCUGGUAUUCUCAAGUGAAUUAUUUAUUUGCACGGCUAUCUUCUACAUGAGACGACUCAAACGUUUUGAAGAAAUCACAGAAACGAUGCAAUAAAGCUGCAGUCAGCUGUAUAUUUUUUUCGGAAGUUGUGACUAUAAAAUAAUCUGCUUUUCUUUGAAAGACUUCAGACAACAGUCUCCCACACGAAGCGCCGGAGCGGUUUUCAGCGCCGGGUCGAAAACAAUAAUUACUAUUAACUCUGUAUAUAUUCAAGUAUUAAGAAAAGAUAACUUGUAAACGUGUAUAGGGAAGAUAUUCAAAGCAUUCUUCAAAACAAAGGCCGUUUCCUUUUUUUGCGAAAUGUAAUUCCACCAAGGUCAUGGGUCGCGAACCAAGGACCAGUACAUAAAAUUUGGUUAUAUUUUUUCAAGAGUAGGUAAAACAAAAAUUCAAGUCUACAGCAAUGUGCUUCCAAUGGCAGAAAAACGUUUUUCUGAAAACUUGUUCUGCAAAAAGGCACGCCCUCCCAUUGCGCUUUUAUUUAUUCACAAGCUAAGUAAACAUGACCACGGUGUCCGCCGAGUCCAAACUUCAAGCUAGAACGACAAAUUAACCUACCUGUCAACAAACUUUAAUCUCGCCUCCUUCAAAGAAAGAAAGAAAGAAUGCUUAUAAUCAAUAAAUCAUUGAACCUUUCAUUGUUCAUUGUAUUUUAUUUCUCGAUUUAAAUAUUUAAUCAUGCUCGGAAAGUCGCCGACCAAGGACCACAUAGUAACUGUACAAGUCACUCGCUAACAUUUCCUCCACCGAUCGAUCUUCAACCAAGCUUCUGGGCUUCCGUAAACAACAGAGAAAGUCCCUCUAUCGACAACCCUCAUAUUCUCUUUGCUAAUAUCACUGAGCGUUACAGCAGGAAUACCAAUAUUUUCCAGCUUCGUAGAUUGAUCUUUCAAGAUUUACCAGGGGAGAAACAACAUCAACAGUAAUGUCCAGUAGUUCCACGCAAUAUGUCGCAAACAAGCAGCAAAGCUUGAGAGAUAAGGGAUUUGCCAAAUCCCGUCGGCAAAUUUAUGAACUCAUCGGUCUUCGCUAUAAAAUUUGCAGGAUAGCUUCUCUCUCAUAUUUGUUUAACUCUGUAUUAAUUACAAAUUUCUUGCACACUCUCGAUCAAAAGCCUCACUGAUCGUGAGAAUCUUAAGAAGUGGCUCGGGUUACGUUUUACAAAAAUCCGUAAACGGCCUGUGAUUGGUGAACGUAAAAGUCGGCUCUGUUUAGCAGACGUCCGUGGGGGAGAAAUGAAUGCGUGACAAACGAACCCCAAAGGACGUCUGCGGGGAGGCUAGCUUUUUCCAGCUUUGAUAGAAUAUAGACAUGGUAGAUUUUUGGCAUAGCCCUUUGGUAACUGUCUGCUGAGAAAAGAACCUUGAGUUCAGUUUCUAGUACAGUGAAAACCUGUGACUAAGAGGGUUUUUUUUAAGAACCUGUUAGGCUACAAUUGGUCAGUUACAGCUGUAUUAAGACCCGUCUAUAAAAGAACCUGUUUAGACAUAAAAUGUGUAAUUAAAAAUUCUCUACAGUUGGGCAAAAGGACUUCAAAAUUACAGGGGGUUCAUUAAGGGCCGGGCACCGGGCAAAUUGACCGGCUGUGAACACGACUUUGCCCGGCUGCUUUACAUCUCAAAGAACUUCUUUUUAAUACAAGGAACGAUCAAAAACAGUUUUAAGUUACAAUCGUGCCCAUUUCUUGAUGAGUCUUAUCGAGUGUAAAACAUACUUUGCCGUGCAAUUUCCACUUUAUUACACGCGGCAUGAAAUCCCCUCGUUCUUUGUGUGUUAAAAACAAGAAUCGGCCCAUAACACAUUGCGAAAAGAACUGUGCUUCAUAAACGACCACCUGAAAUGUAUCAGUGUUGCGAGCACGUGAGCCAGGGCUGCAAAUAACGGACAGCAGGUUGCCGGUCAUGAUGACCGGCCAAAUAUUUUUUCGCCCGGACAAACCCCGAUUCUGGCCGGUCAAAUAAUGAAUACUAAUAAUUUUUUUUUGCGUAAGGAAUAUCCAAUUAUGCUGGCAAUAGAUCGUUAUUACUACAUUGACGUUCACAUUUUUGACAGCAAAUUGGUGAAAAAUGCAUUCUCACGUUGUAGAUUUCCUUUCCGCGGUUUUCGCGCGUUUUAAUGUUACGUUCUACCUUGAGUAUCAUUGCACGGCCGUGUCUGAAGUCUCUAGAGGUAAAAAGUGAAGCGUAAAUCCUUUUCAAACUCCCAAGGUUCAGGAAACGGAAUACACAUACAGUUCAGCAAACUUUAGCAAUUACGAAAAAAAACCCAAAAGAAUUGGGUUAUUUUACAAAAUCUGCACACGCUUGUUUUACGUUGAUGUUCCGAAAUGAACAUCGGUGAAACUUGAUCUUUUUCCUUGCCUGAACCGUGAUCGAAAGUCACUUCCUCAAAGAAGAAUCGUCGCUGAGAUUUUCGGGAAAGACGUUGAUUUGCAUUGAGGAGACGUUUGUUCCACAAACAGCGUGUUGAUGAUCAGAAGUCAAUAAAUGAAUUUGGGUCAUCGCGCAACAUUUUAUCGCUGAAGGGCUCAAAUGUCAACAGAAAUUUGCAUAAAGUUGUUUACAAGAACGAGAAACUAGCGCCCGCGAUAGGCUACGACCUUCCCUCUUGAGUAGCUUAAAUUUUUAUCAGACCAUUCUGGAAUCGAGUCUGCAAACGAGAUUCAUGUUCGAUAUAAAAAGAAAUUAUUAUUAAUCGAUGCGCUAACUUUUAUUCCCGGAGAAACACAGGACAACCUGUUGAGAAUUGCGAUCGAUUUGCCUGAAUUCCUUCGAAUUCCCAAAGAAGGUCACAUUGCUGAUUACAGCAAAGCAGAAAGUACAGUACGACUUGCAACACUGCGUUACGUUCCAACUCAGUUUGUUAUUCACUUUGUUGCGUUAGAUUACGACAUGACGACAUAAAAUUAAUUUAUUGCGGCGUUCUUUUUCUUAGAAGGGUUUAGUGCAAAGCAGCAAAACACGCCAAAGAAAAAAGAAAUCAUUGCAGCGUUAUAGAGCAUUAAACGACAAUUGUAUGGAAAAUAAAGUGUUUGUAUCCAAAAAUGACUGGUCAAAAUGACCGUCAAGUCCGGAGUUUGACCGGUCAAGUCCGCGAUCAGGCCGGACAUUGUCCGUUGACCGGCCGUUAUUUGCAGCCCUGUGAGCAUGGCGGCCUAGAAAAGAACGCGUUCGAUAGCGUAUUAUUUUUCGGCUUCAACCAAAGGGCCUCCAGUAGAGAAAAGACCAAGAGAUGAGUAGACUUCUUUGUGAUUUAACCUUUUACUUGCCUGUAUAUAUUGAAUGGCUUAAUCAUCAUGUUCAGCGAAGCGAAGCGUGAUUUUUAUUCGUCUUAUGGUUUACGCCAAUGAAUUAAUUUUCGGUGUGUUCACGUUAAAACAAGGCUCCUCCCGUCUAGUCAUUGAAAUUUUAAAGAUAAGUUGAUUACGGCUCAGAUGCUGACGGUGAGUUUGAGUAAAGAUUAUUAUGAGCAGAGCUAUUAAAAGAGAGCCAAAAAGUCCAAUUUGUGUGGUGGGUAUUGGUAUCAAGUCAUGAUUAAAUUGUCUAGAAAAGUUAUCUUUUUUUGGUUGUUGAAAGUCAUUGUAUGCAGCUUCAAAAUGCAGGAAAACACAUCCUUAUGACUAUAGAAUUUCAAAAUUUUCCGGGGGAUAAUGCCCCCGGACCCCCCUAGAGGGCAAGGCCCUCCGGGCCUUGCCAAUUCUUUGCCCGGGUGUCAAACUCAGUUGCCCUCCUGUUCAAAACCUUAAUGAACCCCCUGAAAUUAUUGUGGCCAGUUGUUUAGUCCUUCUCCUCAUAGUCAUUUUUACAUAAAUACUAAUUUGGUAUGCAGAUUUUAUAGAAGGAAUAAGCUGAAUACUGCUUUUUCUUUCGUCAAAAAAUAAGAACCUAUUCAAGAACCUAAAUAGCCUAAAUUUGUGCUAAUUAGCAUUAUGUAAGAACCAUUUUAGGUUCUUACUCCAGGGUUUUUACUGUAGUGAGGUGAUCAUGACACCUGAUCUUACUGGCAUAUCAUCCAUUCGUUAAAUCAAGAAAGCACAUUAAUUUAUUUUACCCAAACAAAAGCAUGCUGUUUCAUGUUUUAGGCUGGGAUAUUGGAUACAAAUAUGUGGAGUCCAGUGGAACCUGGUUAACAUGCCUUUAUAAUGUCCAUAUUAUCCGGGUGCCCAUAUUAAUUAUGCGGGUUGUCAGAAAAAUGUCACAGAUACAUGUUUUAUUUGUAUAACCACAUUUUAAUGAGAAACAGUUAUUUAAAUUUGUGAUGGGAUCUUGUACAAGUUAUAAUGUCCAUAUUAUCCGGGUGCCCAUAUUAAUAUUAUGCGGGUUGUCAGAAAAAUGUCACAGAUACAUGUUUUAUUUGUAUAACCACAUUUUAAUGAGAAACAGUUAUUUAAAUUUGUGGUGGGAUCUUGUACAAGUUCAUCCUAAAGAAAUUUCACAAUCAUUAUUUUGUAAUAUUCUUAAACUAAAAUUACCUUUUAAUUUAUUGUUAAUGAAACACAAAAAUGGAAUUUGUGACUUAACUUUGUGCUAACACUUUAACUGUCUAUUAUGUAUGGGUGUCUGUAUUAGGCGAGUAUCUAUAGAGCAGGGUUCCAGUGUACAUUGUACAUACUUACCAUUUUCCUGACAGACAAAGUUAGCAAAGUUAGGUAAAUGCUUUUGAGACACAGCCAAAAGCAGUUGUAAAAAUGUAUCUUGAUUAACUAGUGUUUUGGUAGCCAAAAAAUCUUUACAAAAGUAUUGACAUCAUAGAUUGUAUUUUAGAAAUGUAGAUCUAUACAUGUUGUUUGCAAGUUGCUUUUUGCAAAGAAGGUUUUUGUUUGUGCUAAGCAAGACUUUUCACUUAAUCUUUAUUCACUACAACGGGCUAAAAUCUCAGUUGAAUUGCUUCCUUUCAUUCUCCAUAGCAAAUUUGCCAAUUAUUGCCAAUUAUUUUUAUUUUCAGGAUUUUCAUAAGGCACUUACUUUUGUAAGAAUUUCAAUUUCAAAUUAUAAUGAUUUGAAAAUACAUGUAGGUGGGACUGUUCAUUUAUAAAAAUUGCCUAGCUCUUAUACUGAGUAUUGAAAAUGUCAUGGGUUUCAAAUCAGGAUUAAUUAAUUUUAGUAUAUGACAUAUUCAAAACACUUUUAUGAUUUUAAAUGGUUAAAAUUUUUGUGUAUGAACUACAUAAUGAUUGUAGUUCUGCCUUCACUCACAAAAUGAGAACAAAACAAUAUUGAAAAUGCUUUCCUUACAAAAUAUGUUCCCAUGUACAUAUUGAAAAAGGAAGGUGCACUUAUUAAUUACUGGCAAUUCCUUUCUGGUUCGUCUACCAUAUCCUAAGGUGAUGGAUUUUUAUUUUAAAAAUAAUUAUGUUUUUUUUUUGUUUAUUAAAUGGCAUAUAUAGUAAGCAGUUAAUAAAGCAGAAUAUUUAUAAUGGGUACAAACUUGUGGGUUUAACUUUAGACCACAUAGAAUGUUUCUUUUGAAUUCAAUGGGUUGAUGAUGUUAGGUAUAUUUUAAAUAGAAGUUUCAUGUCUUUGUAUCUAAAAUAUAUGAUCAUGGUGAUUCAGUUUCUUGACAAGAAUGCCACAAACAAGAACAGAUAUAUAAUUAGGGAAUUCUCUGAUUGGUCCUUUGAGCAUUUUGGUCAAAUACAGCUGGCACCUUCUCACCACAGAUGUGAAACGUGAAUGUUUUAGAGGUAAAUGUUAUUCAUUCAGAGGUGUUAUACAGUGGUGUAUUUGUUAAGUGUCAAAAGCCAAUAUUUAUUCUUCUGCCAGGCUGUCAGAUCAUGUCUUUUGUAACAGUUCGAUUGUGUUGAUGAAAAGGGGCUAAAAUGUGCUGGGAUUUUCUUUUUUCUAUACAUGUGUUCAGAGAGUUUAGUCUUGAAGACUCAUUUAUAUUUCCUGGUGUGAGGUAAUUCUUUUUUUGGUCUAAAGGAGUGUAGUUUUGGUUUGAUUGCAAAAAGUUUAUUUUUAAAAAAAAUAGAUAAAUUAUUCUUAAAAGUUCAAUAUAUCUGAAUGGUUCAAGAUUUAUCUGUCCUCUUUUCAAGUAGUUCAUUUUUUGGCUUUAUAUGACUGCACAGUGUGUCUGUUGUUAGUGGAAAUUCUUGGCAUGGGGCACUAUGAAAAAAAAUACAGUUUUUAUUAGAUCUCAAAAUAGCAUAAAAAUACUGCUCAAGAAGUUUCACUUAAAAAUAAUAUAAAAUUUGGCACCAGGUUUCAUACAUGUAGACUCAAAAGUUGUUCUUAGUAUACUGAGACAAAUAAUUAUUUACCUUGAUGAUUCAUUUGUAAUGACUUUUUGUCCUUUCUAUCGAAAGUGUGUGAGAUCAGAAACUUAUAACGAGCUAAAUAUUUCUGUGUGCAUCCUAUUUGCAAUAAUAGAUGUAAAAUCUUCAAAUAGGAUGCACACAUCUUAACGAGGACUAGAAAGGAUAAGUAACUUCUAAAGGAGCUAAAUUUAUGUGUUCGUCCUAUUUGUAAUAAUAAAAACUUCAAGUAGGAUACACACAUCUAGGUGAGGACUGGGUGCUACUUUCCAUGUCUAAGUAAAAUUUUAUUUUACAGACUGUAUUUUAAUAAUCUGUUUUUAAAAAAAUUGCGUAGGUAUAGAUAAAUGAAUUUUAACUGUGGGAAUUAUUAUUUGUAACAUAUAGAAAUUAUUUUAUAUGUUUUGUGUUGGAAUGAAAUAAUGAAGGAGUGUGUAGAAUGAUGCAUCAAGUCACUUUUGAUGAAUUGUCAAAUUCUUCUUUUGUUUCACAAAAACAUACAAGGCAAUUCCAAAGGAAUGUUAAACAGUUCUUUUCAUCAAAGGCACUUUGGGCCUUUUCCAUGCCCAAGUGAAGCCCUUUAGGUAAAUUGUCACUAGUGACAUUGCCUUGAAACAGGGACAUAGGACAGCAGAAAUGGUGACAAACAACACAAAGAUGGGUUGAAAAUGCGACAGUGACGUGGAGAAAAAUGCAAAUACAAUAGGAAAAUACUGACAGUGACAUGGCUUCCUCCUCAAUACGCAAAAAAACAGGUUUUGAAACUCAGACUAGGGACAUAUGUAACCCCCCACCCCCUCAGAGUUUUUGAUAAGAUUUUGAGUGGGUGGCAAAAGCUUUGGAGUAGGUGGAGAAGGAAAAAACUCACGGCAAAGGCGCAACUUGCAAGUGCAAGUUUCAGGAAAAAUUUUGAAAUCUGGGCCUUAAACAAAAAUGUUAUAUAUAUCUGUUCCCACUUAGGUGUGUAGUGGAGAGGAACCUACUUCAGUGUAUUUUUACAAUGUUAUCUUUAUCUCAUUACUUUGUGCUGUUGUGUUUGUAAUAGGUUGCUAUAAAAGAGAAGGGAGGAAAGGUGUCCUUUCCAAGUGAUGGUGAAGAUAUCUCCAAGGUACUCAGCCAAGAGUUCAGGAUUGCUUACAUUGGAAUAAAAGGCAUGCAUUGCAAUUCCUGUGUUAACAACAUUGAAGGGAACAUUUCCUCUCUUUGUGGUGUGAAGAAAAUCAAUGUAUCACUUGAGGAGAAGGAAGGAACCAUUACUUAUUCACCAAGGCACACAACUGGCAAGGCGCUAGCAGAAGCCAUAGGUGAAAUGGGCUUCGAGACUUCACUGAAAAGAAUUGUAGAUGUUUUAACCCAGCGUGAAGUAGCUUUGUCAGAGGACAGGGUUAUAGACAAUAAGGAAGCAGAGAGUUUGGAAAGUUGUAAAGAAGAUGACUGUGAGGUGAAGAUCUGCAUCAAAGGGAUGACUUGCCAGUCUUGCGUCAAGACCAUUGAACAGGGCAUGUCCAACAAAGCUGGUGUGAAAGGAGUAGAAGUCUCACUCAAAAAUGAGGAAGCGGUAAUUCAUUAUGACCCUUCGUUAACUGAUCCUGAAAAACUGAGGGAAGCAAUUGAUGAUAUGGGAUUUGAAGCCUCUCUACCCUCAGGAGGUGAAGUUCAAUCUGUGUUGAUUAAUGUGGAGGGGAUGACAUGCAAUUCUUGUGUUCAGACUAUUGAGAAGAACAUCUCCCAAAAAGAGGGCGUGCAGUCUGUUUGUGUGUCUCUUGCAGCCAAUACAGCACAGGUGCGUUAUACACCUGGGAAAAUAAGCGCAGAGCAGUUGAGAGAAGCAAUUGAAGACAUGGGAUUUGAUGCACAGUUAUUGGGGGAUGAUAUCUGUAAGGUGAAUAAGGAUGUUCGCACUGCAAAGAUAAGUGUGGAAGGAAUGACUUGCAUGUCUUGUGUGAAGACAAUUGAAGGAACCAUGUCAUGUAAACCAGGCGUGAAAAGUAUCAAGGUGUCGCUCACAGAGAAACAAGCUGCGAUAGAAUAUGAUGAGGCUGUGACAACUCCAGAAGACUUGCGAGCAGGAAUUGAAGAUAUGGGAUUUGAUGCAACACUUGCUGAAGGUAAGCAAAACUGAUAAGAUAAUAUUAUACUAAAGUUGUAUUCUCAUCAUUUUUACCACUAUGUGACCUUUGAAGUCAAAACCACUCUGUCAAUCAAGGAUUCUCUUUAGCAGCACAGCUACUGUAAAGAGGUUUUGAGGAGUGUAACAUAAUACUAUUUUUGUGAUGAUUUUAUAUUUUUAUAGUUGAAUUUUUUUCUUAAAUUUUAAGUUAAUUACUAAUGGAAAUGUGAUGAAGGAGUCAAAGCAAUUUUGUCUAGCCAAAUAAUUUUAGGUGGUUGAUUGACUUCCUUUUACCUGUUUUGAGUCAAGUGCUGUGAGGAAACAAUGUCUCCACUGAUUGUUAACCUGUUGUUGUUAACUAUUACAUAAAAUAUUAAUUUUAUGAAGUACAAGUAAAAGCUAUGUUUCACAAAAUGUAUUGUAUAGCUAAGCAGAGCUUGAAAUAUUUUGUGAAAUGGCAGUUUCAUUUUCAAAAAUUUGUAAUUGAAGAUUGAGUAUAAAUCAAGGAAUGUUUUGAGGAGAAAAAUAUUGGCUUGUGGUAUGUCCAGAAGAUUCACAUUUAAGGGCACAUGUGUAGCUGUUAUUUAUAUUUCAAGUAAGUUGUUAUGUUAUGGAUCAAAACCUUUUGAAUUAAGUCACGUACACUUUGCUGUAUAGUUUAUUGUUUGAUUUUUUUAAUUUUCAAGUCAAAGAUUUUUUGUGUGAUUUUGUUUUGAGAAUUUACUGGUUAAACCAACAAGACUACAUGUAGUUUUCCCUCACUGAUUUCUUGCUAUAAUCUCAUAACAUGUUAUAUGCAGUUGAUAUUGAGUUUCUUCCCAAUAUUACACUUUAGCCGAUGUUAAAAUAGUAAGUCAAGGUAUUUAAUAAUGUUGUUACUCAAAUUAUAUUUUCAUUAUAAUUAUUUAUUUCUUGAUUAAGUGUUGAAUCCUUAAAAUUGAACUUUUAAGGUUUCCACUUCUGCAGACAUUUGCUGGUAUUCAUGGUCCAAAGUACACAUUUAUCAUCAGAUAUGAUGGCAAGAUAUGCGGCUGCAUUGUAGAAGAGUUAAUGUCAAUAAGUGUCUUGCAAGCUUAUAAUAUUAAACGUAUUUUAGGAAAUCAUUGCUGCUUAAUCUCUCUUGUAGCUUUCAACCAAUGAACUAAUGAGAAAUCGCUCAUUUAUUGUAAAAAAAAAAACAACAACCUUACAUGUAUCUGCACUUUACUCUGACUUAAACUUAUCCUAUUUGCAUGAUUCAGUGCAUUCAGAGUAUGUGUUGUUGUUGUAGAUGCAGGAGGAUGUAAGAGUGAGGAGGGGGCAGUGGCUGUCCAAGAGAGCCCAGCAGGUGACUGGAGAGUGACUUUCAGCAGAAACGCCACCCAAUUAAGAAGCAUGGAGGCAUUACUGCAAGAAGAUCUGGACAAGAUCUACCUCCACAUCACCGGCAUGACAUGUGCUUCUUGUGUUGGCAGCAUCGAAAAAGGACUGAUGAAGAAAAAAGGUAAGGAAUUGUUCUUUCUUUUUUUAUGGAUAGGCAAGGGUUUGCAGUGGUACUUUGCAUACUUUGCUCUUAUGCUCUUAAAAGGUACUUCAUUGAAACUCAAUGUGGGUGAUCAGUGUGCAAAUAAAGUCAUGUCUGAUAGCCCAGGACUAGUGGAUUUUGCUAUUGGGCUAUUGAAGUCUGUUCUUAAUGUGUCUGAUGGUCAAAUGAAUUUUUUUUUAGGAAAUUCAGAUUACAGAAGAACUGUAAUCAAUCCUGCUCAUCAAAAUUUUUUUCGGACUGACUAACCCCUUUCCUACCAUGGACUUAUUAAUACAUCAUGUUUGAGAUCAUUCAGCAACCCAGGACAUAAAUGUUACAGGUCAAAUUUGAUUUCAGGUUAAAUUUUUUUAACCUAGGUAGAUUCUCAAUUUCCAUUUUAUCUAGCCCUAAUUAUUCAUGAAUCAGGGCCUUGGAAGCAAAGGAAAUUGAGAAUCAACCGAGGUUAAAUCAAAAUAUAUAGGUCUUCAGACAAAUGAAAUCACUAAGGUCAUUCGAGUUGCCUGAAGAGAUGAACUCCAGUGGUUGAGAAAGGUCUGGCUGGUUGCUGGGUGAAUUUGGCUCUGGUAGGCAAGGGGUUAAAAUGACUCUUGGGCUAGUACAUGCUGCAGUGUAGCUGCAGCUUACCUGAAUGGCAAGCUGUAAACUGACUUUCUUUGCUUCCUGGUGAUAUCCGGGCCAAAACUAAUGGAUUAUAAAUAUUUGUGGUUAAAAUAAGAAAUCCUCAACUGUGCCAAAAGCAAGAUGAGUGGCUGCCUAAAAAUCUUCGUGGAAGGCCCAACAAGCUACAAUGUAAGGCCAAAAACUGGCAAAUUCGGACUGGAACCAAAGUGGCUUAAAAGCCAUUAAUUUUAAAAGCUGUAGAUUUAAUGUUUGAUUACCAGCUGGUGGCUAGAGGUCAGGGUGUGAGAGUGGGUUGUUUUCCUGAAUAGCAGCUAAUAAUAACUGAGCCUGAGCCCUUGUCGCAAUUGGCAGCUUAUUUCUCCUUGUGCUUACCCUAUGUUUCACAUGAUUUUAACAGUAUUGUUCAUCCAUCUUUCCUGCAUUUUACUUGUUUGUGCAACACAAAAAGUGACUUUCUGUUGGGAGGCUCUGGCCCAUGGUCCCUAAAUCAACAUUUUACAAACUUUAAAUGGUUUCUUUUGCUGCAGGAGUAAGAUCUGUCCUUGUUGGCCUGCUCGCACAGAAAGCAGAAGUCAAAUUUGACAAAAAUGCCAUCACAUCAGAUGAAAUCAUCAGUCAUGUCAAAGCAAUGGGGUUUGGUUGUGACCUGAUGGAUAAAGUUGGCCAAGGAGAAGCCACCGUCGAUAUAAUUGUGAGUUAAGUACAUGUACUUUUAUUGUAUGAACUGAGUGUAGUAAUUUUGCAGGAAAGGACAGUGUGUGUUGGUGAAAUGUGAUAUUAACACACUGAGCUCCUUCCAGUUGCCCAGUAUCAUAAUAACAAUUACUAAAUUCAAGGUGCAAGUUUCGUUGGAUGCUGCUUGAUGGGAAGCAACCGACCUUAGAUUGUUACCUUUGUAAAGAGACAAAAAAAUAAAAUAAAAAUAACUAUACCGUAAACUGCUGCUUAUAACACUGCAGGGCUUAUACAUCUUUGUAGUGAAAAUAACCACCCACUUGGUUAGUAUCGGCUGGCUACUCUUCUUGACAUUUCUUUACGGAUGGCGUUUUUCAAAUAAAAUAUCCCUGGACUGGCCGCUUACUUUGACAACUCAGCCGUCUACUUCAAAACUUUCUGCCAACCCUGUUUCAGAUGAAUGGGUUUUACAAGGAAAAUUGAAGGAGCCCAGUGCUUGAAACUGUAAAACUAGGGUGGACAGGAAAAAUCUGAGAUUUUCUUCGCCCGAGGGAACAAGCACAGCCCUGUAGGAGGCUUAAUAACUGAAUGGAAAAUACAUUUUGAACAAUUUACUGGUUUUUACAUUUUGCGUUUACUGGUUGCUAAUAAUAAUUCAAAUUCAUUUCAAUACAUUUGGACGGGGCUUAUAAUCAGAUGUUUUAAUUUGUUCACAGGGAGAUGGGGGGCCUAUAACUGGGCGGGCUUAUUGUCUCUUAAUGGACACCGCUCAGGUUGUUUCAGGGGGCCAGUGGGUCAUCGGAGAAAGCUGCCAUCAUGUGUUACCCUCUUUCAUUAUUAAAUUAAUCAUUAAUUGAUGGUAAUGAGUAAUUCACUCACUCAUUCACUCAGUCCAAUGCUCAUGCAGGGUCUUAAAAAUAACUGUGGAGAAUGCGCUGCCUUUGUUGUGACAUCUGCAAAUGGUUAGAUUUUCUAAGCUUCUCAGAUAAGGACGAAAAGCUGUAGGUCACGUGUCACAGCUCUUCCACUGUUCUGAUUCUUUUGGGAUGUAAAAGAACCCACACUGCUGUUCAUAAAGAGUAGGGGGCAUAGACCCUGGUGAUGUGGUACAACCUUUCAUGCGCUGAGUGAGGAUCGACCGGGCUUAUAUCAUUUGGGGUGUAAGUCCUGUUUCAUCCCCUGUAGCCAUGUUGAGUCACCAUGGCAAAUUUAAUAAUUGAUUUUCUUAUUGUUGUCCGACUUUUUUUAUUCACAUUUCAGAUAACUGGUAUGACAUGUUCUUCCUGUGUUCAUUCAAUUGAAUCAAGCAUGAAAAAGAGACCUGGCAUACUUGAAGCAUCAGUUUCCUUGGCAACCAGCAGUGGUCGAUUUGUUUACGACACAGAAACAACUGGUCCGCGUGAUAUCAUAGAAGCUAUCAAAAGUUUGGGUUUUGAAGCAUCUUUGGACAGCAAUGACAGCAAAAAAGAUAGGAUUGAUCACUCAAAGGAAAUAAAGAAGUAAGAAAUGAUACUACAGUGAAAAACAAACUUUUUUGCCUUACACGUGAGGGUGUCACCUACCACUAAAUGCUUAUUUAUUUAUAUUCAUUUACUUUAGCUUAUAAACAGGCUACUUCUACAAACUCCACAUUAUACUUUGAAAAACAUGCCUUGGGACAGCUGUUUGGAACUUUGAAGAAGUUGGUUACUCGCCAUAAUAAACUUGCUUAAUAUUACUUUUCAGAUGGAGAAGAUCAUUUUUGUUUUCCUUGAUAUUUGGAGUACCAACAUUUGUUAUAUUCAUAACUUAUGUGAUCUUGGAUGAGUUAGAAAAAAGGCCAAACCAACUUGUACUGCCUGGACUGUCCCUGGAGAAUCUCCUGAUGUUUAUCCUGUGUACACCAGUUCAGGCAUGUAUCACUUAUGUAACAACUCUAAAAAGUUUCAUUUUUUGUGUUAAAGAAAGUUACAUUAGUAUUAGGAGCCCGCAAUCCCAACCUCCAGGUUGCUUUUACCCAUGUGGGGCACUUAUGUAGCCAGCUUCAUUAGCUUUGUUUCGAUUUCCACUAAGAAUGAGUGGAAUGAAGAAAACGCCGGGUUUGAUGGGGGGAAUCUGAUCAUGCAUGUUUGGACCUUCAAUAACUUGGAAUUUGAUCAUGCACACUUUGACCAUAUAUCACGUAAAACUUACGUUGAGCACAGCUUUGGAGCAAAAGCGUUUUGACCUACAAUCAUUGUCGCCCACCCUCCGUAACCUACUAGUUAUCAAUCUUAUAGCUGUAGGGUUUUAAAAGUUUUUCCUUAGAGUACUGGGGCCAAGACCAAUUGCUUAAAAGCGAUACAUGUACUUAUGAGUUUAGUUCAGUUCAGUCCAGUUUUAUUUACAUUUACAUUUACAUUUACAUGUAUUGGGUCAGUAACAUCGUUAAGAUAUCACACCAACUGUAGCCAAUUACAAUUACAAUUACAAUUUCAGGGUUCUCAAUAGAAGGCGGCACCCGGCGAUUGAUCGCCGCUUACUUUGGGAUUUAUAGCCGCUUACUUUGUGUUUAAGUUGCUUUUCUUUGCUUUGUUUUGACACCUCUGGCUUUGCUGAAGAGCCUCCUACUUUAUCAGUGAUCACCUCCUACUUAAAAAUCUAUUGAGAACCCUGCAAUUUAGCCAAAGUAAAUUACAAUGCAAGAAUACUUGUAAGAAUUGUAAGUUGGCAAGGGAGCCCAGAAGAAACCAGAUUGCUCAUGAAGCCUGGGCUCCCCAGUCACAAAGAAACAAGUUAUAAGUUCCCUUAAUCUUGAUAUUUAUGCAACCAGUCACACAAUGUAACUAAAUGCAGAUUCUGGAAGCUGUGAAAUCUUUGCUUGUGGAAUCUGGAAUCCUGGAAUUGGAUUCUGGAAUUCAGCUCUAGGAAUCCAGAAUCCAGCUAACGAUUGGAAUCCGGAAUCCAAAUUCCACUGACAAGGAAUUUGGAAUCCAGUUUCCAAGGCUGUCUUGGAUUACCUUACAUCAUGGGACGAAACCUGCCCCUUUACGGUAAAUUGGAAUAUAAGAAGUUCAAUUCCCGGGCCCAGAACAGAACUCGGGGUCUCACAUCAAUGAGCUAGUCCACAAUAAUGAAAUUAAUACUAUUAGCAUCUAGUACUGAAUAUUUUAACACUUUGCAAGAACAUUUUAACAUUACAUUUUAUUUGUAUUUCCUCAUCUCCCAGUUUAUGUGUGGCUAAAUGAAAUUUGGGCUAAGUUGAAAUGGAGACAAUGCCAGCCAUCAGUAUUUUAUUUGCUAUUAGCAGACUCGCAAGGGAGUGGGGGGGGGGGGGUCUUUGGGAUUUUACAGCAUUUCUGUUGAUGUGAGUCGAUUAUACUCACGUCUCUUUACACUGCCCAUGCUCGCGGAGUGUUCUCUUCACUUUGGGAUGGAGAAUUCCGGUUCUUAUGUGUCUAACCGUACAGUUUAUCUCAUUUUCAGGUCUUUGGAGGACAGCAUUUUUAUGUGACAGCUUAUAAAGCCCUCAAACACAAGUCCACCAAUAUGGAUGUGCUUAUUAUGCUGGCCACCUCAAUAGCUUAUGUGUACUCGGUGAGUUUGACAUCAGUGAGUUUAGGCAACAGGACGGCAGGAAGAAGAGGACGGCAAAGCACUCGUGCGCGACAAACGUGACAAGGCUAUUUAACUUGUGUGUUUUGUCAUAAUGCUUAUGUUUUCUGGUCUUUUACAAAAAGAUCUGUUUAAAGGGAAGUGUAGUUUGGCGAGAUCUUAUUUCAAACAAAAUUAUUGUCACGCUUGUCGCACAAGCUUUGCCAUCUUCUUUCCUUUCCCGUCCUGUCGCGUAAGUUUACAUUAUCUGUCUGUGUACUUACACAGGGAGCCAACACAAUCUAUUUUUAAAACCAGUUAUUUAUCUAUAGUGAUAUGUAUGGAUCAAUGCUAUAUACAUGUUGCAUUGUCUUACUUAUGAUACAUUGUCGCCCUUUGCCUCAGAAGUGGUACUUUGAGCGAUUUUGAAGGAUUUUGAGUUCACUGUCUACUUUUCCUCUUACUCUAUUUAGAGGCACAGUAAAAGGUGAACUCUCAAAAUCCUCUAAAAUUAUAAAAGGGCCCUCUGUGGUAUUUAACGCUCGGGAGGGGGGUCCAAAAUAAAAGUGACGGGGAUGCUCGCCGGAAAACUCAGAUGAAACCCCCAAGGGACACCAAUGUGGGUGUGACUCAAGCUUAAACUGACCCCUAAAGGAAACCAUAGUACAGAUAUCACGGCAUUUUUUGUAAAUUUCUUUAUGCACAGCCCUAAGCAAUACCUGAAUGGGCAAAUAUGGUGAUUUUCCGUCCCAAACAUCCUAAGCGAGACCAAAAUCUGCAAUUUAAACCUCUAAGCGAGAGGACGAGCAUCCCCCUCACUUUGUCACUUUUAUUUAGGAGUCCCUCCUCCUCCCCCCUCCCCCCGGGGCUGCCUCCCAGGCCACUGAUUAGAUACCAUUGUUGUCAUUGUUAUUUUUCUGCAAGAGGCCAUGCUCCAACCUCGUGUGAGAUGUAGAUCUAUCUUUGUCAUUUCUUCCAGAUUGUUGUUGUAGCUGUUGCCAUGGCAGAACAGAGCAACCACAGCCCCAUGACUUUCUUUGACACUCCACCCAUGUUGUUGGUGUUUAUCUCUCUCGGUCGCUGGAUGGAACAUGUAGCAAAAGGGAAGACCUCUGAAGCCCUAGCUAAGCUUUUGUCUUUACAGCCUUCGGAUGCUGUCUUGGUCAAAUUGCAACCAGGAACAAUGAACGUUAUAAGCGAGCAAGUGAUCAACGUUGACCUGGUGCAGCGUGGAGACGUGCUUAAGGUACACAGAGUAAUCUAGCCGUUGAUUGGAUCGUCACGCAAUGCCCCCUCCAGAAAGGAGCGUUGUGUGACCACUUUAGGUGGCUCUGAGAACCGGUUAUUGUGUAUUUUUGUUGCUUGCUUGCGAUUAACCUGUAAUACGAUUGUUCUUUUGUAAAUCACACCAUUAAAUUAUUGUGACGCUAAACUCAAAAGGUCAUGCUUUUUUUAAGAAUGGUGUAAAACCUUUUAUAGCCUUUAUAGUCGCCAGGAAAUUUGUCCCUUUGGCGAUAUGAGGGACAUUUCGCGAUGGUGCAAUUUAAGUCCUACGUUAGCUCUAUUCAUCAGUUGGUUUAACGGUUUUCACCAUGCAGGGCUCUCUUCUUCCUUCUUUAGGUUGUCCCCGGAGGUAAAAUACCAGUUGACUGUAAAGUACUUCAAGGAACUUCCACCGCAGACGAAUCGCUGAUCACGGGCGAAUCAAUGCCUGUCAUGAAGAAACCAGGGGACUCUGUGAUUGGCGGAACCAUUAAUCAGAAUGGCUCUUUAUUGGUGGAGGCAACUCACGUGGGUCAAGACACCACUCUGUCCCAGAUUGUCAAGCUGGUGGAAGAGGCACAAACAUCGAAGGUAAGGGAACGAUGAUUUCAUUAUUCUUUGUCAUGACUGGCUCAGCCGAAAGGGCCAGUGCUGGAAAGAACCUCUUUAAAAUGGCCGAUUUUAUUUCUCAACUCAAAUGGUAAAAGAAAAUUUUAGUAUUUUUCUUGUGUCGUAAAACCUUCUUGUGGCGGUACCCUUCGCUCCUCCUCUUCCCUCUCGCAAUCUCCAUUCCCCAUUCCCCCCCCUCGUCCUCCCCCUCGCCCCAAAUAGGGAAACUGUUUGGAGUGUGCUGCUGCACUUACGCUAUAAUGUCAGGUACGUUGGGCAAAGGAAAACCCGAGUACCUGUCGUCACUGGAACCCAGUCUCCCAGAGUAUCCGUCCGGUGUGUUUACCUGAACUGAACUCGCGUCGAUAGCGUUAGCGUCCUAGACGUAGGACGAUGUUUUCCCACCUCAACUCAGCGAACUUCAGCCAAACAAUGUAUUUGCAGUGAACUGUCGUUACGUAGUACUUUACAAAACCUGCGAUCGUUACAUUUCCAUUCGUACAUGACACGUGUAAUUGUUACUCUUAAACCGUUAAGUUCGUAGUAAUGCGUGUCAGUCAUUGUUUUUGAAAGCUGUGACUGUGUUUUAUAAGUUGGAAAGUUUCAUUGACUUCAUAGAUAUUGAAACCCUGAAGACUCUAGCGACUUUUUCACUGUUGCAAAACGUAGCUCUCUAAACGUCAAGAAAGAACUGAGUUAUUCUCAGAAAUACUUUCGUACUUUUUCAAUGAAAUGGCUUUGCAAAGCUUUUGGGCAUCCCGCAAUUCCCGUUAAAGCCUUUUAACAACAUAUACAACAGCCACUGAGCUCAUUUGAUUCUGCUUUGUUGUAAAAUCUCUUUCAGGCACCAAUCCAGAAGUUCGCUGACAAGUUGUCAAGUUAUUUUGUUCCCACUGUUAUCUUCAUCUCCAUAACAACUUGGGUGGUAUGGCUAAUUAUCGGUUUUCAUGACAUCACCUUACUCCGGAAAACCUACAAUGUAAGUGUCUCAAGUGUCGGUUGGUAUACAUGAAGUGGUUUGCCAUGAAAGUCGCGUGAUAUUAUUCUAGCCAACCACGGCAGACGUGGACAAUCCAGUGAGCCAAUGAGAACUCGAAGCAAAUAUAGCCUGUUUUAAGCGCGGGAAAGUGGCCUGCGACACAAGUCACGAUGUCUCUUUGGUUUACCCUGAUUCGUUAAAAAAUCAUAAUCAAGCGCUGCGCUUGAGGAAGCACUCUAUAGAAAAGGAGAAUUAUUUUGUCAAAUACCGCACAGCCCUCAACGCCAAUGCAGUGCCUAUUCGAGAAGUAUAGAAGUAAAAUUGUAAAACUAUUUACGUAAUUGCGAUGUCGUCAAGAACGGUAGUACUGUAUAAUAUUGAAUUUUGUUCAGUGCUAUUGUUGUUCGGAUAUAUUGCCCUUUUUACUGGCUCCAUAUUUACUUUAUGUUGAGCGCCAUCCUUAAAUAUGUUCUUCAAAAUAGAUGUAACCUAUAUGAUAAAUCUCCCUAUUCUUAGCUAAUAUGUAGGUCGUGCAGGGUAUCAAUUUUAAUUUCAAAUUUUGUCCUUUUACUUAAUUUCUUCCUUAUUAUUACCCCCGCCUCGUAAGCUAACUGGGGUUUCGUGAAAUUAUAUUUCCCCUGUGAUGUCCUGCGGUUUUCUAAUACAACCGGUAUUCUGCAAACAAAAAACUAUGUGGUUUAUUGGCGUUGAAGAAGAGCAAGAGACGAGUGCACCCCCUCCUAAAAAAAAAUCCUGGAUCCGUCCCUGAAAUGUUUCCUUUCUCCUUUUCAGUCUACCUUUAUUCCUUGUAAUCUGUUUGAUGUGUUGAAUAAUUAUCGCGUACUAAAGUGAAGUAAAGUACUAAAAUUGUUUGACUGAUCUCCGACGCGCUUUUUCAUGACAAUGCCAUAUUGCUUUAGGUUUUAACAGCGCGGAAAAAAGUCCAUGGUAAUCAUUAUUAUUCACAUCUUAAUACGAUUUUUUGUUUUUGUUUUAUACUUUCACAGGCUAAAGAUGAUAACAGAGUGGAGUUUGUAUUUGCCUUUGCCUUCCAGAUUGGUAUCACUGUGCUGGCUAUUGCUUGCCCAUGCGCUCUUGGUCUGGCAACUCCAACAGCUGUAAUGGUGGGUACUGGAAUAGGAGCACAGAAUGGGAUAUUAAUCAAAGGAGGUGAACCACUGGAGACUGCACACAAGGUAAUAAAAUGGUUUCAUCAGUUUAUCAUGAAAUGUUCUGUGACAGGCCAAGAUUGUUGCUAGUUGUUGCAUCCGUCAGCACACCAAUGGAGACCUUUAGAUUCAAGGACUAGGACGAGAUUUGACUUGAAGUUUUUUCGCGUAUUCUCAAAAUAUAGACCCCCAGGAAAGCUUCAUUUUACCAUUUUCACUUAAAAAGUUAGCACUGUUAUCUUUAGUGAAGGAGGGUACGCCCUCUCCCGAUCCCAAAUGAUCUUGAUAACUUGUUUCCGCCACUUUGACAUUCUCGUAAGACUCGUAGUAGAGUGACGACGGCUACCACUUUUUCCCGCCAAAAUGACGCCGGUUCACGCGCGAGCACUACUUAGUAUUCUUAGUUUGCACGUGACAUCACCAAAAAUCAAACUAAGAAACUAUCGAUUCUUCUGAGUUUCUACUUUCACGAGGUAUUACAGUACCUAAACACCUUUAUAUAAACAAAUUUUUGGUUUGAAAGGGUUCUUCGUUUUUCGAGAGAGGACGCUUGAAUUUCCAGGCUUUUGAGUGACGCGGCAUUUAGCUGGCGGUCGGGAAAGCUCUUAUGUGGGUUAAAAACAUUACCGAUUGUGGGAGAUUUUGUUAUCUAAACAUUCCUUGUCUCAGAAUAAAUAUUACUUUAAUCUUUAUGAAUUCCUCAAGGGAAGAAUUCAUGCGUUAGUAGGAAAACUCGAAAACAGAUGUUUCUGUUGGUAUCCGGCGGCCAUAUUGGUGUCCCUGAAAGGGACAGCAACAUGGCGUUUCCAUAAAAAGCUUUAUAAAUUUAGGUAAACAGUUUUUCGGAAUAUCUCGCGUUUGAAAUAUUGCACAGACUUGAUUCUUGGCAAGGCUUUUUGUAUAUUUAUCUUCCUUCAUUUCCCAGAUUCUAGACCUUCUGUCUUGAACGGUUUGCAUUUGUAUUUUUUAUUGCGUGACAGUGCAAACCCGAGAAUUGAGGAAAUCUCGUACUCGUUGUCGUACUCGUCUUAAAGCUCUCUACUUCCAGCACGGACGCAAGAACUCUCAACAGUGUGGCCCAACAGUGUUGGGAGUUGUUGCGGCCGUUUGCACGCAGCUUGAGUAACCAUAGGUUGCCGUUUAAUUUGCUGUUAAACAAUAGAACCAGUGCUGUUCGAGCUUUAAAUUUCAUAAGCUUCACCAUCUUUUCGCAUUUUCAGGUAAAUACUGUAGUCUUCGACAAGACGGGCACCUUAACCCACGGAUCUCCUGUAGUUGUGAAGACGGCCUUGUUUGUGAAACCAGCUCAGUGUAGCUUGGAAAUGCUGUUGGCUGUAACAGGCACUGCUGAGAAUCACAGUGAACAUCCUAUUGGUUUGGCCAUUACUAAUUAUGCAAAGCAGGUGGGUUUACCCUUUACCUCCUGGGCACAAAACUCAAUUUAGAAAAUGUUUUCACUUUUUUUUUUUCUUUUAAAAUGCUGAGAAACAAACAGUACCAUUCAACGGUACUUCCAAAGAGUUUUCACAUGAAUGGCAACAUCAUAGGAUCUUGUUCACAGACGCAAAUGUUAGAACCACAUGAACAAAUAGUACCAUGUGAAAGUUCUGUUGAAUGGUCACACAGUAGCAUUUCAUCCACAGACUCAAAAUUUAGAACUACAUGCUAAAUAAUACCGAGAUUAUGAAUUCAAACCGUUGUCUUGAGGUUUCGUUUGGUAAAAAUGUUUUUCUGGCUUUACGAGGCAAACUAAAAAGGUAUCUUUCCCCAAAAACUUUUAGUUGGUUCUGUUUACUUCAAAGCACGUGUUUGAUUGAUCAUGUUUUGGAAUAGGAAUCUCAUGAAAUGUUGUUACAAACCCCUCAAACCAACAUUCCACUGGAAUGUCCGUACAUCUUGAUAUUGUGUGUCCACAUUUGCCCACAUCUGGGUAGUGACCAGGGGCGGAUCUAGGGGGAGGGUGCAGGGGGUGCGCACCCCCCCCCCCCCCUGAGAUGACCAGCGGUUUUCUAAUACAACUGGCAUUCUGCCAAAAAAAAAUGAACUAUGUGGUUUAUUGGUGUUGAAGUAGAGUAGGAGACGAGUGCACCCCCUCCUAAAAAAAAUCGUGGAUCCGCCCCUGGUGACACGUGAUCAGUUUGGAAUUUCUGCGCUCGUUCCUCAAACGUUAUUUCGCUGGGAAAGCACUGGUGGCGUCGCAAAAUGUCGGCUGUUUUCUCAGCCUAUGUGUCAACCAGGGCUGGUAAUUUGACGGUGCAAUAAACCCUUUUUAUAAGACGGUAUUUUUAUUGUUAUUCCAGAAUACCGUCAUUAGCUUACCUAACUAUUGUUAAAUAACGUUUGAUAUCUGUUCAUACAGUCGAAGCUCUCCUUGCGAGCACCCUCGUAAGCCACCACCUUUGUGAAACCCCGUUUGAACUGUAACUUAAACUUUAUAAUGAAAAGCUCCCGACUGCUCCUCUAAGCAACCGCGACCACUUUUGGGAUUACCCAAAUGGACUUUGCCUUUGUUUUGAAGCUCUCGUAAGCGACCACUUAGACCCGAUAAAACAGGAACUGAUGUAGUUCAACUCAUUCUUGCACUAAUAUUUAGAUCUGGGGUAAUUUUGGUGUAAAAAAUCGGGCGUAAAUUUUUGCCGUGUCUAUAUCAGAUAUGAAGACACUCAUAAAACAUUAAAAAAUGUUGUUUUUUCUUUAUGAAUUAUUAGUGAGGUUUUGAAGCUCUUGUAAGCGACCACCCUUUAUUGUUUUACCGUGCUGUCGCUUACGAGGGCUCAUUCUUGUAAGCGACCAGCACCAGCUCUAGUUACGACCACUUUUUUGAAUUUCCGAGUUGGUCGCUUACCAGAGCUUCAUGUCGUGAACUGUAUUUCCUAUUAACAGGAGCUCCAUACUGACGUUUUGGGCCAGUGUGCCGAGUUCAAAGCUGUUCCUGGGUACGGGUUAACCUGCAAGGUCAGCGGUAUAGAGGAGUUAAUCAAACCUAAAUCUGUUACGGACAAAAACAAGAAAAACCUGGCAGUCAACAUUGGUGGAGCAGUGAUUGAUGAAAGCUCAGAUAUUCACACUACGUCAGCGAUUAGUGGAAAUGACAAUGGUGAGUUUAUUUUAGAAGUAGGAUCACAGCGGAAGUGAUCGAAUGUGGACAAAAAAGGUCAAAUCUUCCAAAUAUCCCUGCGGCUAACACGAGAUUCGAAAAAAUCCCCUGAAUCAAAAAUUCCCCAUCCCCUCCCCCCCCCCCGCCUUCAUUGCAAUUUUUACCAUGAAUUUUGUCAUCCAGGGGUUUCCUCCCCAUAAAAUAUUUGCAGAAACGUCUUCCUCCCCUUUUCAAAAUGUCGCGAAACCCCCUGAAAAUAGCCUUCACUGUGGUCAAAAUGUUAAAACAAAGCGUGACCCACAGGUCAUUUUUCCCUAAAACACAAAGAAAUUCCUUUGACUGUUCUACAUGAAACAGGGGUCCGAUCUCCCAAUCUAUGAUCGCACCAAUACAUCAGUUGACAAAUUACUGCCGGAUCUAGAGAAUGUUGUCCACUGCACUAGUGCCAACACCACAGGGCACCCACACAAAUUGUGUAACUGUUGUAAAGUUUGAAUUUAGAGGAAAUGUAUGGGAAUAUCGAAAAAGUUUCAUAUUAUCGUGAUCGGUGAAUUCUUAUGUAUAAGAUUAAAAUGAACAUCUUUUUACCUGAAAUGUUUAGCAUUGUCGUUUUUGCAGCUGAAAACGACGAAUUAUAACGAUUUGAAGGAUUUUACAUUCGUCGUUUCCCUGACCGUAUCAACGAAUGUAUAACCCUUAACCUUGGUAGUUCCGUUUCAGGGUAUGUUAAUGUUGCGUCUUCUGUCACGCUUAUCCGCAAGUUUGUAAAGACGUAAUCUCUUUUUUUUUGGCUGAAUUUUUAUCGAAAUGUAGUAAAUGAACCUUAAUUUUGCAGCUGAAAGUUUGUUAAAGAGCCAAGUUGAAGGCGCCGAACCAUGGAGUUACCAUGUGGUAAUCGGUAAUAGAGAUUGGAUGCAACAGAAUGGCUUGGAAGUCACUGACGAGAUGGAAGAAGCCAUGCAAGAGCAUGAAGAAAAAGGACAUACUGCUGUACUGGUGGGCAUCAACGGUAAGCAGUGAACAUAGCAGAAACAUGCGCUGCGGUGGAAGUGACGCUUGAACCAGGUCCUUAGUAUCCUGGUCCUGGCCUCAAUUAAAACUUCCGUUUUCUUUAAUGUUCUCACUAGUGCACCUCAUUUCUGGUUUUAAAAUGAUGACGUCAAAGCGCAUGUUUUCCAGGAAGUGGACAUCGCUUAACAUCCACCCUAGGUGACAGUUUAGUUGAAGCUACUGAGCAAGUAGUUUCCUUUCGUACUGUUUUUUUACUCUGCUAGAAGCUAGAUGAAAAAGAUGGAAAAGCUAGAUUUAUUCUCAUCGUUCAAAUAAAAGCUACUAAGAAGAGCUUUCAAUCCUUUGGCGAUGUUUCUUGCGCAUACGCUGAAUAAAGUGGUUCGUUUUUUUCAAGGGUCGGACUUAGGCCUGUUUACAUGGAGGUGUGGGACCCUAGGUAAGAGAGGUAACACGCCUAGGUGAGGUAACGCGCCUGUCCAUAUAAUCUCUUAUUUAAAUUUGAUCACGUUUGCAUGAUAGGUGGAGUGACCAUUUUAGAGAUUUUAUGGACAGGCGGGUCACCCCACCUAAGUGGGUUACCUCACCUACCUUGAGUAGCCCACCUCUAUGUAAAUAGGCCCUAAGAUCCUACAGUGCAACCAUUCAAAUAAAAGUUAUUAAAAUUAUUUUUAUUAUUAUGCUUUACAAGUUGGUGCUGACUUUUUCAAUUCCGAGACUGUGAAUCAAGUUUUUCUCUGGAACCUAUAAAAAAAUAUAAAAGCUGCCGAGCAUAACUUUGCUUUAGUGUUUUUAGUUAAGGGAGUGAACACUGUAUAACGUAAUGAUGCUUCUUCUUGUAGGGUCACUUGUGGCUAUGAUGGCUGUAGCAGACACAGUUAAACACGAGGCGCAAGCUACAGUAGCUACUCUCAAGAGGAUGGGAAUUAGGGUUGUGUUGCUCACCGGCGAUAACAAGAAGACUGCUUUCGCUAUCGCCAAACAGGUAACUUAGAUGGACAUAAAAUACAGCCUUAACCUUUUUAGUGUGUGGACAAGGUGCUACCGUGUAACCAUUCAAAUGAACCCAUUCAGCAGCCAUGGAGUAUGUAUAUCCUGCCGAUAGUAACAACAAAACAUUUUAUUUUGCCAACUUAAAAAACGUUUGCAAAGAACAGCAUAAAUUAAAAUAGAUCAGGCGAAAAAAACUACUCAGAAUAGCAAAAAGAACUAAAAGAGCUGAAUAGUUACAAUAGAUACGGAUUGAAACUUGAAAAAGUUGUGCAAACAUUUUCAAGAAAAUACUGUGGUUAGAACUCCCUGAUGAGAUUGGAUUGCUCUCUUCUUCAUAACUUUACAGGCCGGAGCAUUUUGUGUGUGGGUAAAGGUAUUAAGCAGUGACUUUAACACAGCAAUAUCCUCGUGACUUAUUAGCCCCUUCAAUGGGCGUCAUCCUUUAAAACUGUGAAGGAGCUCAAGGAACUCUUUAGUUUAAAAGCAUUUCAUAUUAGUCGUAGAACUGAAGUGGAACAUUGUGCUCUAGAGGAAUUCGAAGUGCGUGAGGCGUGUCAGCCUCCCAUCCAUUCUUUUCGUCGUGCCGGAGUGGUUAUUUCUGGGUCGAAGUAGCCUCUUCAUGGCGCCAUAAUGAGAAUGCCUGAAACAAUAAUACAUAAUAAGAUCUACUCUCAUGGGCACCCUGUGGCUAGUGCGUCUCACCCGAUCUGUUUCCUACCCACAGGUUGGCAUACAGCAAGUUUUUGCUGAGGUUCUUCCCUCGCACAAAGUAGAAAAGAUUCGUUCCCUUCAAGACCGAGGUUUUAUUGUUGCCAUGGUUGGAGAUGGAGUGAAUGACUCACCAGCGCUGGCUCAAGCUCACGUGGGAAUUGCCAUCGGUACCGGAACAGAUGUGGCUGUAGAGGCUGCUGAUGUCGUGUUAAUCAAGGUAAGAUAGUGAUCAACAUCUUUUUCUCCUUAUAACAAACAGGAACACCCUUUCUUAGUUCUUAAGCCCUGGCUAAUCGAUCAAACAUUUUCGUCCAUCUUUGUCCCACGCUCGUGACAUGCUGAUUAAUUCAUGUUCACGUUUGUUUCAUGCACCGAGCUUAAAAUUUACCAUCUUUCAUUCUUUCACUACACAGUACGACAUCGACAUUGCUGAUCCUUGCAGUAUGCAGGACGCGUGUCAAAUAUGAGCGUAGUAUAUGGCCUCGCUCUCCAUGAGUUCUCCGUAGCUCAGGUGGAUAGAACGCCCACCUGGUGUUUGGGAGGUCAUAGGUUCGAAUCCUGUCGGGGACUCAGAUUUUUUCUUCUUCUUACGCUCGGGACAUGCUGGUUAAUUCAUUUUCACAUUUGUUUCACCGAGCUUAAAAUUUACCAUCUUUCAUUCUUUCAUUAAUUUUCUCGUUUCCACCAUGGGUCGUAUUACGGACUCACAAUUGGCCUGCCCUCUCUCCAGUUGGCUUGAAUAGCUCAUUUCGUUUAGAGCGUUAUGUCGGCAUCCGCAAAGACAAGGCUUCGAUUCCCGGUCAAACCUCAAACCUUUCUUUUGUUCUUAAGGUUCUUUUUCAACCGCCUAGGUUGUUCAUUUAACCGCGAUGAUCACUUCAAAUUUCAUAUCUUGGUCGCACUUUCCACAUGAUUUAUUUCGUUUAUUUAAGCAAUAUAGAAUAGAAUACAUUUAGACCGAGAGUCCGCGGGCUAUAGUGCAUUAACAGUUCUUGGGACCUUUCUAAAACCAUCUGGGACUAGAAAUGGGUCGACUAUCAUCCAUACAGAAAUCGAGCUGUACUGUUUAUCAAAUGUGCACGUGACAAUCGCGAAAGUUAAUAUGGGAUAUGAUCAAUACACUGUUUCUGGCAGCACUGUAGCUGUCGAACUUACUUUUGUUGCUUUCCUAUAUCACUUGCAAACACUCGUCCAUGGCCUCUCGUGCCAUUCUUUGAAAUUUUUUUGAAGAACGGUGUACUUAAAACCACCCACAAUACCUUUCGGGAUUGUCGCUUUCGACAACCUUUCUCGAACAGUAUAUACACUCAACUGUGUCUUAACAGACACUUCUGUAAAAGGGACACCUAGAGUUGGUCCCUGCCUUUCUUUAAUCCCUUUAUUUGACUCUGUGUAAGACGGACAUCUAGUGCUGGUCCUAAAGGUGUUCGUCUUAGAGAGAGUUGACUAUAUACAUUAUUUAGUAAAAUCCAACCAGUGGUCUAUUAUCAAUGCUGCGUUCAGAUUAGUUGAGCUACUACUAGGCUAUAUGUUAUAGCCCACUGGCAGAGAAAAGCGCCGGCUUCGAAAACCAGAACAAUGGCGGCUGAAUUGCGCUUUGCUAGCUAAAGUUUUGUCUCGAUGUUUUUGACCAACUAGUUGGAUUUUACUAAAACAAUUGUUCCUCUCGCCCUCUUGGCCUCUGAAAAAGGAUCAGAUACCUUCGGCCUCAUGGGCUACUGACUCAAAGCCCAUUGGGGCUCGAGGAAUAAUGGUUAAAUAUCUUAUGUAUUUUCCCUUUCGACAUUGAUAUCGUACUUGUUUGUUCUUAGAGUGAUCUUAUGGACGUCGCUGUGGCAAUUGACCUUUCUCGAGUAACAGUCCGAAGAAUUUACAUCAACUUCUUGUUCGCUCUUAUCUACAACAUGAUUGGCAUUCCAUUGGCAGCUGGAGCGUUUGAGCCUUUCGGCGUGGUGAUGAAGCCGUGGAUGGCUAGUAUUGCAAUGGCCGCUUCCUCUGUGUCUGUUGUUGGUUCCUCACUCAUGCUUAAACUGUAAGUUAAAGUGUCAAAGUGUUGUGCAUAAGAAUCAGUAGCCUGCGAGCAAGCUCUCAAAUUAUGGUGGGCGAAACGAGCCGCAGGAAGCGGAGGAAUUUAUUGUUGCAAGCUCUCCCUUUCUUUAAAAUAAAUCACAAUUUUGUGAUGCGAAACUAGCCAAAAGUGCUAAUUAUGCUUUUUUUAAAAAAGUAGGUGAAAAUUAUGCUCGUGACGACCAAUUAUGCCGAAAAAAAAUAUUAUGCUAGCCCAAUCUAUCAAAGCUACUCAGUUCUUUGGUCCUUGCCGUUGUGACAGUGCUAUGGGCUUCCCCGCGUUUUGGGCAUCCCCAUUCCCAAAACCCUAGUGAUAGGGGCAUCCCCUGUAACCCUAACCAUAACCCAAAUCGCGAAGGUAAUAUGAGAGGGGAUGUCCAUAUUACUGCAAGAACACACCGGAAAAACAGCUAUUUCUGUCUGUUGCGUUAUACUACACUGUCAGAAAUAUCAUGAUCUGUCGUGGGAUACAAACAGCCCAUGCAAGUUUGAGAGAUCUAUUCGACCGGCAAGGUGAUUUUACUAAUAUAGAUCGAGAAAUCGAUCACCUAGGCGCUUGCAAAGUACACUGACUAUAUACAUCCUUUUAUCUCUUUCUUUACUAAAAGGUACAAAAAGCCUGAUCCAUAUGAUGGAGACCUGGGCUCCAGGAAUCCAUUCACCGGUUACACGAUGCUGAACACGGCUGCUCCAAAUGACUCAUCCGACAGCCAAUCUGAUGGCUUCUUUAACAGAGUAUACAGAAAACGAUCUCGAUCCAGCUCCAACCCAGUGGAGGCAAAGAAAAUAACCUUCUACGGCGAGGACGCCUAGCUUGAUUGUGUAGAUUUCAGUUUUAAGUAAAGAAACAAAAUUAAGACGUGAGAAAUGAAUCUGGAAUAUAAAUUGUAGAAGACAUUAGUUCUUUUGCGGAAAUUGAAAGCUUAGUCUUUUUAAAUGUAGAGUUUUUUCGAGGCAUAUCACGACAUUCCCGUAUUUCGUUGACGAAAAAGAGAACAUCUGGGUGCCUUUUUUUGGAGUUGGUAAGGGAAUAGGUCGCCCCGCCUGUGCAAUAAGAGAGAAGACAAAGAAUUCUUCGCAUGGUAAUGUUCAGUAAAUAAAUAGUUUUGGGCUAUUGAUUUUGAGGUAGAUAGGUUUUUCUAACAUUUGUGAAAUAGAUUUUCUAGGUGGAAUUAUUUCACUUUGGUUCAUGGAGGAAGUUGGUCCAUGAUAUUCAAUUUUUUUUUAAUGUUAUCUUUUUUCUGAAAUGAUUUGUCGUUAUGUAUCCUAGAAUUAAGAAAAGUAACAUGCGACGAGAGUGAAGUGCUGUAACAUACCUCAAAGACGUUAAAACAAACAAGUUAAAGUUCCCGUUUACAGCAGAGAAAGUAGUCUGAGCAGACAGGGACGCGACGCCACCAAAGAUUGUCGUCAUUUUGCUUGGAAGCCAGUGGUGGCGUCUCGAAAUUUCGGUUGUUUUGUCAAGCUAUUAUAUAGUUUGAGAAUAUAUAUUAGAAGAAUAAGAAAAUUUAUAUUUGCGGUUGCUGAUGUAUUUACGUAAAAUUUGUAUCCGCUGGCCUGUCAGGUUGGCGAUAGUCUCUAAUAGUCGCUGUUAUUACAAUUGAGACAGCGGUAAAAAAUCCCUUUGUUUAUAGACGCAUGCAAACGAGGUUAGUCUGUUAAUAGAUUAGAGCCUUCCACGUGACGUCACGGUCGCCAUAUCUGGGUUCUAAAACAAUGAAACUGGAGCCAUGUUCCAACUCAAUCCUGUUUUCUUGUGUAAAAGCUUCAUUUGCUCUAAGAAAUUUGCAUUGAUGUUGGCCACGUGAGUGAAAACGCGUGUAUAGACUAACCUUUACGCUUUUUUCCAUGGCAAAACUGCUGGUAUCUGUAAUAGCAGUUAUUUUGUGAUUACUUAACGUAGGUUUUGCAUUGCUGCGCUUUUGUGAUAU